AUGAAAAACAAUGAAGAAUAUUCGCAGCAAAAAGAACAUAUACAGACAACUAUUAAUUUUUCUAUAUCAUCCAUUAAAAAGGGUAAAAAUAAAGUUACAGACUAUGAUAGAGAAAUUGAACCUUCUAAUACAAUAAAUCAACUACGACAAACAACUCUUAAUUUUUCUUCUUCAAUUAUUCAUAAAGAAUGUUCUUUUAAUAAAAUUGAUACUGAUUUAUUACCAAUUAAUGAUAAUGAUAAUGAAAUAACUGAUGAUAACAAAUCUGAUAAUGAUAAUAACUUAGACGAAUAUAGCAAUGAUGAAUAUAAUGAAUUUUCACUUGAUGGAGAAUCUCAUAUGUGUGCUAAAGAAAAGAAAUUGUCAAAAAAGCAUGCAGCACUAAAGCACAAGAGCUUAUCAAGUGAUGAAAUUAAACAAUAUGUACUAAAAUGCCUAUUGGAUUUUGGUGGUUCAAAAAAUGAAACAGAACUUGCUUCACAAAGAGCAUAUGCAUCAUGGAUUUUAGAUAGAGAAGAUUUAUUAGUAUCAAGUGCUAAAUGUAAUGAUAAAUUAAAAGCUUUGUACGGAGAUGCAAUUGAAAAUUCAAAUGAAAGUCAAAUGUGGUUAAAAUUAUCUGAAUAUGUGAAAAAAGGUGUAUUUAAACCAGAUAAAAUAUUUAGUGAAUUAGUAGAAUUAAUGCUUCAAAUAAAAGAAAUUCAAGAACAUGGAAAAAGUAAAAGAGGAUUGCAAUAUUCUGAACACCUUUACCACUUUUUUAGUUUAUUAUCAGAUAGUAGUAGAGAAUAUAGUAUAUUUCACAAAAUGUUAGAUGGACCAGUUGUUGCAAUGACAGAUUGUACUAAAAUUCGAGCUAAAUUAACUUAUUCACAAGAGUUGGAAUGUAUAAUCAGAUCAACUUUAAAUAUUGAAGAUACAAAUAUAUUAACAUAUAAAGAUAUACAUUUAAAAAUUAAAGAAAUUCAAGAUAAUAAUCUUGUUACAUCACAAGUAAGAUGUGUUGUUUUAAAGAUUCCUAUUAGCAAAAUUUUCCCAGUUGUUAUUGCUUUAUUAUCAACAAAAGGUAGUGAUACAACUCAAGAAAUUUUUACAAUUUUAAAAAAAAUUACAUUACUUAUGCAAGGUAGCGAUACACAAGAAUUUCUUGUAUAUGAAAAUAUGAUUUACAAUAUACGUUUUCAAGCUCCUAUUUAUUCUAGAAAAUCUAUAAUUCGUAUUCAAGAUCCCAAGCAUGCUAAAAAAAAUGGUAGAAAUGCAAUUCAUAGUGGAGCACGUCUUUUAGUUUUAGGGAAUAAUACUUAUGGUACAGAAGCACUUGAACACUUAUUUGGAAUUGCAAGACAAUUGAUGCCAGACUUUUCUUAUUAUGAAUUAUAUAAGAUAUUAAAUCGAGUACAAUAUAGAGAUAAUAUUUUACGUAGCGAAAAUAUCUUAGAUACUCAAGAAAAAAAGUCUGCAUCAGGUUACAUUUUUGACUUUAAUACUUCUAUUUCGGAAAUAGAUAUUGAUAAGUUGCAAAAUUGGCUAUCAAAUGAUGAAAUAAAUGAUGCUAUAAGAAUUGCAUAUGAAAAUGCAAAUUUAUUUUCGAAUCUUCUUCAUAUGUGUAAAAAAUUAAAAGAUAGUUACAUGGAAAUAGAUUGUUUAACAUUUGAAACUAAUAAUCAACCAGAAAGCGAAAUAUUUCAAAUUCAAACUAUUGAUCAAGCUGCAGAUAAGUUAAAGAGAAUUUCGCAAUUAGAUGAUGCUUUUAAUAUUUGUUUUGGAAUUAAUAACGAUGAUACUUCAGAAAAUUUAAAUGAAUUUGUACAAGAUUUAUUAGAAGUUAAUAUUACCGAAGUUGAAAACUUUAUAGAAAAAACUGAAAUUAAUUAUAUAAAUAAUAAUUCAUAUUCAAAAGUUUCGCAAGAAUUAGAUUAUGAGUAUGAAGAAAAAAUAUUUAGAGAUAAUGGAAGCUGUGAUAUUUUUUUAAUGUUGGAGUUACAAAAAUCUCAUGAGGCAUUUUCUCAUUUUGAUUGUCCUCAUAGAAUACAAACUCAGGCUAUCAACUUAA